GCUGUCUAAGUUUAUCACUGCAAACCUCAAUUCUUCAAGCCUACGGUGGGGUCUCCUUAAGCCGAAGAGAGAGACCCAAAAUCGCUGACUCAACCUCCACUCCAGUGAGCCAUGGACUCUUCUCAGCCGCAGCAACAACAACAACAACAACAACCACCUCAACAGCAGCAGACACCGCCGCCGCCGCAGCAGCAGACACCUGUUGUGAAGAAGAAGGAAACCAGAGGCCGUAAACCCAAGCCGAAGGACGAGAAAAAGGACGAACAACAAACUAAGAAGAUGAAAGCUCAACAACAACCUUCCGUUGAUGAGCGUUAUACUCAGUGGAAGUCUCUUGUUCCUGUUCUCUAUGACUGGUUUGCUAACCAUAAUCUCGUUUGGCCUUCUCUCUCUUGCCGGUGGGGUCCUCAGCUUGAGCAAGCUACGUAUAAGAAUCGACAGCGACUUUAUCUUUCUGAACAGACUGAUGGCAGUGUUCCAAAUACACUGGUUAUUGCAAAUUGUGAAGUUGUGAAGCCUAGAGUUGCAGCUGCAGAGCACAUUUCUCAGUUCAAUGAAGAAGCACGCUCACCAUUUGUGAAGAAGUACAAGACUAUCAUACACCCUGGUGAGGUUAACAGAAUUAGGGAACUUCCCCAGAAUUCUCGAAUUGUUGCCACACACACUGAUAGUCCAGAUGUCCUCAUAUGGGAUGUUGAGGCACAACCUAACCGUCAUGCUGUCCUUGGUGCCACAAAUUCUCGCCCAGAUUUGAUCCUGACUGGUCAUCAAGAAAAUGCCGAGUUUGCUCUAGCAAUGUGCCCCACUGAACCUUAUGUUCUCUCUGGAGGGAAGGACAAAUUAGUCGUUUUAUGGAGUAUCCAGGACCACAUAACAACUUCUGCCACAGAGGCUGGUGCUUCAAAAUCACCAGGAUCUGGAGGAUCUAUCAUAAAGAAGCCUGGAGAGGCAAAUGAUAAAGCUUCUGAUGGCCCUUCUAUUGGGCCACGAGGAGUUUACCAUGGACACGAGGAUACCGUUGAAGAUGUGACCUUCUGUCCAUCCAAUGCACAGGAGUUUUGCAGUGUUGGAGAUGAUUCUUGCCUAAUAUUAUGGGAUGCCCGUACUGGCUCAAGCCCCGCUGUCAAGGUCGAAAAGGCACAUAAUGCUGAUCUUCAUUGUGUUGAUUGGAAUCCCCAUGAUGACAAUCUUAUAAUAACAGGGUCAGCAGAUAAUUCUAUUCGUUUGUUUGAUCGUCGGAAUCUCACUUCUAAUGGCGUUGGCUCGCCGAUCUAUAAAUUUGAGGGCCACAAAGCAGCUGUUCUUUGUGUUCAGUGGUCCCCAGAUAAAUCAUCUGUCUUUGGAAGUUCAGCAGAAGAUGGGCUGUUAAAUAUUUGGGAUUAUGAUAAGGUUGGUAAAAAGACAGAGCGUGCUACAAGAACGCCUGCUGCUCCUCCCGGUUUAUUUUUCCAGCAUGCUGGGCACAGGGAUAAAGUCGUUGACUUCCAUUGGAAUGCAGCUGAUCCAUGGACUGUUGUGAGUGUGUCUGACGAUUGUGAUACAACUGGUGGAGGAGGGACUUUGCAGAUUUGGCGCAUGAGUGACCUAAUUUAUAGGCCAGAAGAAGAGGUGUUAGCUGAGCUUGAAAAGUUCAAAUCUCAUGUAAUUGAAUGUGCUGCAAAGCCUUGAGAGCUUCGUAAAGUAUUCUACCCAUGUGUUUUUCUGUUCAGACAUAUUAGGUUAUUGUAGAUGUUGUGUUUGUAGUAUUAGGUUUCAAAUUCUAGUCCUAUCUUCUUUGUUCCAUUCUUUUUUUUUUUUUUUUUUUUUUUUUUUUUUGUGUGCAACUACUACAAAUAUUCGGCGCAGGCUCUCUCUCUUUCUCUCUCCCUCUACCAUUUAUAGAGUUUAUAGUCGUAGAGUGAAUAUGACCCAUUGUCGCACCUUCAAAUUGAAUGCUCUUCCCUGGAUUACUUGUAGCAUGGAUUCUUGGAAUUUGGCCUGAAAACUUGUUUAUUAUUCUGCAUUUCAAUUA